AUGUUAUGUUUUGGUUUUGAACAUGGAUCUUCUGCCACAUUGACCGAGCUGCGAGUCCAUUCUGACACUUUAGACCGGACUGAGGCCACAGAAUCCACCAUGUCCAGAAAGGUGGUGACUUCGGGCAGGCUGACGGGAACAGGCAAAGCACACACAGACAGGACCAGACGAUGUCCUAAACCAGAGCCUGCUUACUCCCUGUACUCAACAGACUCAGAACAACAGGUAACCUCCCAUACACAAUAUUAA